CCCUCCCCUCCCUCCCCGUCUCGAAUACCUUGCCGCAGAGGACACCAACCGGCCACGAUGCUCUGGCUCACAGUCAUCCUCGGCCUCCUGGGCCUGUACCUCGCCGACUGUCUUCGAGAUCUCUAUCAGAACGUGCGCGUGGCGCAGCGCUCAGGCCUUCCCUAUGUGGUGUCUGUCUUCUCGCCGAGCAUCGCAUACAUGGCCUUCUUCAACACUCCCUGGUUUUCCUCUCUGGUCGAGCACUGGUUCCCCGCACGGCUGGCUGAUAUCGUGUACGACACUCUGAUCAGUUUCCGCUGGCGAGUCAAGGAUCGACAGGCGAGAAGAUCCGGCGAUGUGUACUUGCUGGUCUACCCGGGGGGUAUCUUCUGCAGCGUCACCGAUGCGGCUGUGGUUUCUCAGGUGGUCAAUGCAAGGCAGAACUUCACUAAGCCAAUUCACCAGUACAAGGUGCUGGAUAUGUACGGACCGAACGUCGUCACGUGUGAGGACGCGGAAUGGGCGCAUCAUCGUCGAUUCACGGCAACGACGUUCAACGAGAAGAACAACGCCCUGGUGUGGGACCGAGCGAUUCAGCAGGUUCAAGAGAUCAUCCAAUACUGGCGCGAAUCGCAGCCCAACAGAGCCACUGAUGGAUUGGUUGUCACCGAUACGAGACAAGACACCCUCAAGUUUAGUCUUAAUGUUCUUAGUGGUGCCGGUUUCGGGGUGCUUUUGCCUUUCAAGCCGCUGCCCCAAGAGACGCUCAAGGGCCCUGAUGACAUCUUCAAGGAUAGCACACCACCACCGGCUGGGUUCGACUUCACGUUCCGCGGGGUGAUGUCCUAUAUGAACGAGAACAUUAGUACAGUUGCGGUUGCGAACAAGAUGCUGCCUAAGUGGGUACCCAGGGCGUUGGUCCCGUUCUUCAAGGCUGACUUUGCGGCGCAUCGGGAUCUGGAGACUUAUCUGCAGAAGCUGGUCGAUAAGACGCAGCGCGACCUGGAGAACGUAGACACAGCGGAGAACCUUGUUCAAGGAAUGCUUCUUCCACGGAAGACGGAGGACAAACACACUCUAAGUGACCGGGAGGUCAUCAGCAAUCUGCAUAUCAUUACGAUUGCCGGCCAUGAGACCACGGCAACCACGCUGAGAUUCACUUUUCUACUUCUCGCGCUGCAUCAAGACGUACAGGAGUGGCUAUACUUAGACUUGCUUUCGGCCACCAAGGGGAUGUCCUCGGACCCUGGAGCUUGGGACUACGGUACCAUGUUCCCUAAAUUGGUUGGCCCACUCUGUGUCAUGCUCGAAACCAUGCGUCUUUAUCCUCCUGUCAUCACUGUCCCGAAGUGGACUGGCGACUCAGCUACGAAAAUCCACUAUCAGGGCAAAGAUUAUGUCUUGGAGCCUCGGUUGAACGUAAAUCUCAACGCGAGUAGCCUUCACUACUCGGAGAAAUACUGGGGCAGCGACGCUGGCUCAUUUCACCCACGAAGAUGGGACGUGCGGAACAAGGACAGCUUCCUGGCGAAGAAUGCGCACCUCCCAGGUCUUUCCGGCCCCGGACUGGAGUAUCCCACCAUUCAUAAGCCGGUUCGUGGCGCGUAUAUCCCCUUCAGUGAUGGCAUGCGGGCCUGUCUAGGGAAGAAGUUCGCGCAGGUCGAGUUUGUCGUUGCGCUGGCGGUGAUUUUCAAAGACUUUCGGGUUGAGCUGGCUGAUAAUAGCAGGGAAGGGGUGGGAGAAGCUAAAAGAUCGUUGCGUGAGUGCACUUCGAUCUUGACCUUGGCUCUGAGGAAGAAUAUUCCGCUACGCUUCCACAAGAGACAGUGAGCUGCGGAAAGAUGACAAGCACGGAUUGGACGAUUUCAUUCUCAGUAUUUCUGUGUUAUGACAGACGCAAGGAUAGUCUUCGGUUUGUAGGCAUCCUCUUACCCUUUAUCUAUAUUCGUGUAAACAGAACAUGGGUAUGU